AUGGCAACCGUACGUGAAACUCAUCUAGUCAAGGCUCUACCAACUCCUCAAGUCGCUCCAAAGCCAUCUUAUGAUUUAAACGUGUUGGACAGCACACUCGCUAAAUUCCUCAUUCGCCCAGCCUACUUUUUCGAAGCUCCGAAAACACCACUCUCAACAGACUUUUGGAUUUCAUCUCUCUCAAAAACACUCUCCGAAUAUCGAUUCCUUACUGGAACAGUCAUUCGACACUCUCCAACUCGUCUGGUUCUGUGUGAAAAUGAACGGGGAUGCCAUGUCGAGUUUGCUGAUUUGCCCAAUCUCACGUUGAAGGAGUUGAGGGACAAGAGAUUUAGUCCGAGUGUUGUGCCUGAUGUUUUGUAUCCUACCGCCUCUCUGGCUACUGCUGAUGAGACUUGGACUUCUAUUGAGCUGUUGAGGAUUCGUAUUACUGUUCUUGGCGAUGGUGGAAUUGUACUCUCUCCAUCUAUGUUUCAUUCUUUCAUAAAGGACUGGGCUGCUGUAGCUCGUGGAGAAACCAUCAAACCAGUUACUCGUGAUGCAUCAAUCUUGAAAGCAACUGCUGCUACUACUAGUAAACCUGUCGAAGCCCCUGUCGAAGCCAACCGAUUCAAGCCCGCGUCAGCUCCAGUAGCUGCACCAGCCGCUGCCGCACCAGCACUACCAGCUCCCCCAGCAACUCCACAAGUCCUAGAAAACUUCUACGUUUCACCCGCAUCCAUGAAAUCCCUCAAAGCAUACGUAUGCUCAUUACCACUUCCAGAUGGUCCCAUGCAAAAGGCUGCCAACCAAGUGUCAACAUCCGAUUGCUUGUCUGCCCUUGUCUGGUGGUCUGUCGUGCAGGCAUCAAAUGCAAGAGCCAGGAAAUCAAAGACUAUCUUCGCAUACCCAGUCAAUAUGCGUACGCUGCAGAAGCCACUUGUACCCAUGGACUAUGUCGGUAAUGCAUGGCUGUCUAUGCAUGAGCGGACCGCUAAAUUCCAAAUUGAUGAUUUGGUUGGUCGUGAGGAUGGGAUUCGAAUGGGUGCUUGUGCUAUUCGUCAGGGGAUCUGUGAGUUGACUGAGGAUUAUCUGAGAGGGUUUUUGGAAAAGAAUACUGUUCCUAUUCCUGAUAUGUCCAUUCUCGGGUGCUUCUUCACCUCAUGGAGAGGGUUUGGCGUCUAUGAUACUGAUUUCGGAUUUGGAAAGCCGGUUGAAUUCAUUCCACAACACUCGAAAAACCCUUACGUGAUUGUCGGCUACAUUCGCCCAAUGGCUCCAGAACACGGCGGUGAAGCUGGUGCCGAAUUCCAAUUGUGUCUUGCUCCUGAAGAAGUGGAACGACUCAAGAACAAUCCUGUCUUUUCGAGAUUUGCUCAUUGGUACCAUGAAGAUGGAACUAUUGGUGGGCGUUGCAAUUUGUAA